CUCUGCACAGUUCGCCCAGUACGCCGAGAUUGUCAACUUCACCCUCCCCAAUGGCACCAACAGGAGCGGGCAGGUCCUGGAAGUGGUGGGCUCUAAAGCUAUCGUGCAGGUCGGGUUUUUAACGGUUCUGCAAAACCCAUCGACAAAGGCCCAGCUGUUAUGGCCGAGGAUUUUCUCGAUAUUAACGGUCAGCCUAUCAACCCUCAUGGUCGCAUAUACCCUGAGGAGAUGAUCCAGACUGGCAUCUCGCCCAUCGAUGUCAUGAACAGCAUCGCCAGGGGGCAGAAGAUCCCCAUCUUCUCUGCUGCCGGACUCCCUCACAACGAGAUCGCCGCUCAGAUCUGUAGACAGGCCGGCCUGGUGAAAAAGUCCAAGGAUGUGAUGGACUAUCACGAAGAGAAUUUCGCCAUCGUCUUCGCAGCCAUGGGGGUGAACAUGGAAACCGCCCGCUUCUUCAAGUCGGACUUUGAGGAGAACGGCUCCAUGGAGAACGUGUGUCUCUUCCUGAACCUCGCCAACGACCCCACGAUCGAGCGCAUCAUCACCCCGCGCCUGGCGCUGACCACCGCCGAGUUCCUGGCCUACCAGUGCGAGAAGCAUGUCCUGGUGAUCCUGACCGACAUGAGCUCCUACGCCGAGGCCCUGCGGGAGGUGUCGGCAGCCAGGGAGGAGGUGCCAGGCCGCAGGGGCUUCCCUGGCUACAUGUACACCGACCUGGCCACCAUCUACGAGCGCGCCGGGCGCGUGGAGGGGAGGAACGGCUCUAUCACGCAGAUCCCCAUUCUAACCAUGCCCAACGACGACAUCACCCACCCCAUCCCCGACUUGACGGGCUUCAUCACGGAAGGGCAGGUGUACGUGGACAGACAGCUUCAUAACAGACAGAUCUACCCCCCCAUAAACGUGCUGCCCUCCCUGUCCCGCCUGAUGAAGUCGGCUAUCGGGGAGGGGAUGACCCGGAAGGACCAUGGUGACGUCUCCAACCAGCUGUACGCCUGCUACGCUAUAGGCAAGGACGUGCAGGCCAUGAAGGCCGUGGUCGGGGAGGAGGCGCUGUCGGCCGACGACCUGCUGUACCUGGAGUUCCUGCAGAAGUUUGAGAAGCAGUUCAUCGCCCAGGGCCCCUACGACAACAGAACCAUCUUCGAAUCGCUGGACAUCGGCUGGCAGCUGCUCCGCAUCUUCCCGAAGGAGCUGCUGAAGCGGAUUCCCGAGAGCAUCCUGGCCGAGUACUACCCGCGGGAGGCCAAAGCGCCCGGCCUGCAGCACCACGACACCGCCCUGUAACCGCCUGCUCCGCUCCGGGCCUGCCCCUCGUUACCAGCUCCUGUCCCCGCCCCUGGGCGCUUCGCCAGCGUAUUUAUGUAAAGGAACAGCCCCUAGUACUCUGAGAUGGCAGCUAGUGUGCUCUCUGCGCAAUCAUGCUUCUGUGAUGCUGUCCCAGAGCUGCUGUCCCAACACGCCCCCUUGUGGCUGGAGAGACACAGCUCUGCCUCAGUUUCCCCAUGGCAAUUUUUGGCCUGCUCUGGCUGUAAAGGUGACUCACUGGCCCUCUGGCCCCGCUACUGGGAAGCAUUCAACCUCUUGUGGGGUGAUAGUUCCUUAAGCCAAAGCCAAUACAUGCAGCAAACGAAAGAGUCCCUCUUUAACCCCUUCCUGUCUGGGGCAAGGUUUGCCUGCCCCGUCACAUCAGCCACGGCAACCGCACGGAGCAGCAGCUGCGGCUGGGGACCAGAGGCCCUGUGAGACGACCAGUCCCUAUGCUAGCAACAAAGCCAUGCUCCAGGGCCCCUCUCCCGGGAGCGGCCGGGGAGGUAGAGAGCCUGGGAACUUAGCUGCCUGCCCAGCAGUGCUCCCUCUAGUGGUGCGAAGGGAGCUCUGCCGGAUCCUGGAGACCCCCUGCAUCACACCGCAGCCUCUGGUCCGUAGCUGGCCAGGGCAGUGGGGAGGAGGCACUGGGGACGAUGGGGUGGAGGGAGCCCUGGGCCUCAUCCUUCUGGCUUAUCAUUCGCCAGGAAGGCAGGGCUAGGAGAGUGCAUUGGCCAGACCAGUCCCACCUUUGCAGCCCCUUCCUUGCAGCAGAUUAAGCCCAGCGCUGAUGUCUCUUCACCACUAUCCAUCCCCCCCCCCCCCCACACAUCCUGCGUUUGUCAGUUCCCUGCCCCCAUCCAGCCCUCUCUGGCCAGAGGCAGAGAUCCAAGCUCUUCUCCCAUGGAGCCUGGGGUGAGAUGUGGGCACUGCUCCCCACCCAAACCCAGGCACGCCGAGCGCCCCCCACUCCCAUCUGGGAUAGCCGAUUUCCUGCCCCCCCCCAGGCUGCAUGGUGGCUGUAGCAGCCUGGGCUCUCUGGGGAAGGGACUGGGUUAAAAGGGGGGAUCCCACAUCCGGGAAGGAGGAAGAACACCCCCCAACAAAUUCCGCUUCCUUUGGGGGGUUGUUUUUAUUGGAAACCAAAGGUCUUUUCAGCCAACGAGGUCCAAAGCAAUACCCGAAAAGAGCCCUAGAGUGCCCCCCACCCCUGCCCUGUGGUGCCUGGGUCUCUCCCUCCCAGCUCUCCUCCCUGUGCUUCUGGCUCCAGUCUUCCCAGCACGGCCACAGCCCCUGUCCCUGUUUGGCCUUAAGCCGUAGCAAAGCAGCCUGUUGUACCGCACAGCCCUGCCAGGCGUCCUUCUCAUCGCUUCCCACCACGUGCCCCAGGCCAGGAAUCCCAGUUUGCUCCCCCCGGCCUCACUCGCUCCCCCCAGGCCUGACCAGACAUCGCUAUUUACAACGUACCAUGGGCUUGGGACCCGCAACGGCGAGCGGGUAAUUAACCUUCAGUAAAAAAAAUGUG